UGUUGGAGUGGCUUCAAACCAUACAGCACAAAUGCGACUAAAGGGUCAAUUGAUGGAAUUAAGGAUAUAGUUGCUGUUGCUUCAGGCAAGGGUGGAGUUGGGAAGUCCACCACUGCAGCGUACUCGGAGUAGGGUGAGCAUCUCUGUGCAGCAUAAGGGAAUAGCAAAAUGGAAGGAUUGAUGAUGUGCAAACACCAAGCAUGAAUGGAUCCAUAUAUGGAUUAUCUGAAUCCAGUAUGGUAACUGAGGUAGGGAUAAAGAAUCAUGCAAGUGGAAACCUUCAGAGGGGUUAGGACAAUGCCUUGUGACCGCUAUAUUGGAGGGUGUAUGUUAUCUUGCAUCUGGUGGGCGAAGGAAGAUUUGCUGAGCAGGAAGAUUUGGCCAUGCUCACGACCAUGGGCAAUGAAGACAAUUUAAAAGUAGAAAUGCAAAAUAAGGCUGCCUGAUGUUCCUUCUUUGACAAACACUAUAAUGAAGAGCCGGGGAAGGCGAACAUUGACUAUGAUUUGCACUUGGGACAACAAGCCAGUGCUUGACUAAUACAUAUCAACUAUAAUCCAAUUAAAAAAUGAAACAAAAAAUUGCUGUUUUUAUUAUAGCCGAAAAAAAAGAUGUUCAUGUAGAGGUGAAGAAAUGUACAUGUCAUGUGAAGCAAAGAAAAUAGGUGCAGAUGGAGAAGACAGUAGAUUGAGGUGGAGAAAAAUCAUUGUAGCAAACAUAAAUCACAUUCUAUUUGGUGUCAACAGGAGCUGUGGAGCAGACAUACUAUGCCAGACUUCUGUUUGGCGAGAGCAGGAGUUGUGGAGAACAGAAAAACAUGUAGAGUUAACUUGGCGGUUGUACUUGCCAAUACGUUUCAGCUCAAGGUUGGUCUACUAGAUGCUGACAUAUACGGGCCAUCCAUCCCUACAAUGAUGAAUCUCCAAGGAAAGCCAGAAGUGAGAACAGAUAUGAAAAUGAUCCCUAUUGAGAAUCAUAAAGUCCGGUGCAUGUCCAUUGGUUUUCUUGUUGAAAAAGAUGCCCCAAUUGUUUGGAGAGGUCCUAUGGUAAUGAGUGCUCUUGAGAAAAUGACCAGAGGAGUUGCUUGGGGAGAUCUUGAUCUCCUCAUUGUUGACAUGCCUCCAGGAACAGGAGAUGCUCAGCUGUCUAUUUCCCAAAGACUGCAAUUGUCCGGUGCUUUGAUUAUCUCAACUCCCCAAGAUAUUGCUUUAAUUGAUGCUCGUAGAGGUGCAAACAUGUUCCGGAAAGUUGAAGUUCCUAUUCUGGGACUAGUUGAGAACAUGAGUUGCUUCAAGUGCCCACAUUGUGGUGAAAAGUCUUAUAUCUUUGGAAAUGGUGGUACCCAAAGAACAGCUAAGGAGUUGGAUAUGAAAUAUCUGGGAGAGAUACCACUGGAGCAAGAUAUAAGAAGCAGCUCUGAUGAUGGUUUACCCAUAGUUCUGGCCGCACCUCAUUCUCAAGCUGCCAAAGCUUACACUGAUGUUGCUGAAAAAAUGACCGAACGACUGCAAGAGUUGGCAGUGGAAAGGCAACUAGGCCCGCAGAUCUUGUUGUGAUAAAUGGAGCUUCGAGUUUUGAAUUCCAAUCCAAAUAUAUUUGGAGGGAAAAGAUUUCGUGGAGGUAGCCUAGUAUCUAAAGAUCAUAGGAAUAUCAUACAAGAUUGAAUCCUAGAAGGUGAACCAUCUAGUGGAUGAUCUGAAUAAGACUUGAGUUGAGGGUUAGGAGCCCUACUCAUUGCUUGGCCAUGGAGAUCCAACAACCUGCAUUUUAGGUGUAUGAUCUCUCCAUGAUUUGUAGCGAUGUUAGUUUCAUAUUAUGAAUUUCUCUUUAUCCUUGUGCAAGAGUGUUUGUUAGUUAUGCUUCUCCGUGUUGUGAUUAUAGGAUGGUUAUUCUUCGGUUAAGGCGAUACUCUACUAGGCCGUGAAUUUGGGAGAGCUUGGGCAUCGAUCAACUCUUGUUGGUAUUUGAGAGUGACGUGCUUUUGUUGCCACGAUCUUUUCUUGUGUAGAAACAUGUUUAGAUAUUUGCUAUAUUAAUCUGGUAGAUUGGAAUU